UUAUGACUAAUCCUUGGGAAGAGAAAGUCUGCAAAAUGGCUCAAACAAGUUUACUACAGGGGAAGCAGUUUUACUGUAGGGAGUGGGUUUUCCACAAGCUUCAGCAUUGCCUCCAGGAGAAAACUAACUGCUGCAACAGUGCUGUCAACACACAACCCCUAGUUAUGAAUUCUGGGAAUAAUGCUAGUGUUAUCUCUGGAAAAGGAGCUGCCUGGGGUGUAUUAUUGGUAGGAGGGCCUGGCAGUGGCAAGACAGCCCUUUGCACUGAGCUCUUGUGGCCAAGUUCACCUACAAGCUUGCAGAGAGGUUUACAUCGCCAGGCUUUGGCUUUUCACUUCUGCAAAGCCCAGGAUUCUGACACUUUGUGUGUUGGAGGGUUCAUUAGAGGUCUGGUUGCCCAGAUCUGCCGCAGCGGACUACUCCAAGGAUAUGAAGACAAGCUAAGGGAUCCAGCAGUUCAAAGCCUCCUACAGCCCGGGGAAUGUGAGAGAAACCCAGCUGAAGCAUUUAAAAGGUGUGUUCUGCUCCCUCUUUUGGGAAUGAAGCCUCCCCAGCAAAGCCUCUAUCUGCUUGUGGAUUCUGUUGAUGAAGGGUGUAAUGUUACCGAAGGUGAACAGGCAUCUACCAGCUUAUCUGGGACUGUGGCUGAGCUUUUAGCUGGUCACCACGAGUUCUUUCCACCAUGGCUAUUGCUUCUCUGUUCUGCCCGAAAACAGAGCAAAGCUGUUACUAAAAUGUUUACCGGUUUUCGAAAAAUAAGUUUAGAUGACCUUCGGAAGGCAUAUAUCGUUAAGGAUGUUCAGCAGUACAUUCUUCAUCGUUUAGAUCAAGAAGAAGCUUUGAGACAACACCUCACAAAAGAAACCGCAGAGAUGUUAAAUCAACUGCACAUUAAAAGCAGCGGAUGCUUUUUGUAUCUAGAGCGAGUUCUUGAUGGAGUUGUAGAAAAUUUUAUAAUGUUAAGAGAAAUUCGUGACAUCCCAGGAACUCUGAAUGGUCUGUAUCUCUGGCUGUGUCAAAGACUUUUUGUAAGAAAGCAGUUUGCAAAGGUUCAGCCCAUUCUGAAUGUGAUUCUUGCAGCCUGCCGACCUUUGACCAUAACGGAAUUAUAUCAUGCGGUAUGGACCAAAAAUAUGUCAUUAACCUUGGAAGACUUUCAGCGCAAGUUAGAUGUCCUCUCCAAACUUCUUGUUGAUGGACUAGGAAAUACUAAAAUACUCUUUCACUAUAGUUUUGCAGAGUGGCUUCUGGAUGUGAAACACUGUACUCAGAAGUAUCUAUGUAAUGCAGCAGAAGGACACCGCAUGUUGGCUAUGAGUUAUACCUGUCAAGCCAAGAAUUUAACACCUUUGGAAGCACAAGAAUUUGCAUUGCACUUAAUUAAUUCAAACUUACAGUUAGAGACAGCUGAGUUAGCUCUGUGGAUGAUCUGGAAUGGUACACCUGUCAGAGACUCCCUGUCUACUUUAAUACCCAAGGAACAAGAAGUGCUGCAGCUGUUGGUUAAAGCCGGUGCUCAUGUCAACAGUGAAGAUGAUCGCACAUCAUGCAUAGUCCGGCAAGCCUUAGAAAGAGAGGAUUCCAUUCGGACAUUAUUAGAUAAUGGAGCGUCAGUAAAUCAGUGUGAUUCGAAUGGAAGAACAUUACUGGCUAAUGCUGCUUACAGUGGCAACCUUGAUGUGGUGAAUUUACUUGUCUCUAGGGGAGCAGAUUUAGAGAUAGAAGAUGCUCAUGGACACACACCACUUACCUUGGCUGCUAGACAAGGACAUACCAAGGUGGUUAAUUGUUUGAUUGGUUGUGGAGCAAAUAUUAAUCAUACUGACCAGGAUGGUUGGACAGCAUUAAGAUCUGCCGCUUGGGGUGGUCAUACAGAGGUAGUUUCUGCACUACUUUAUGCUGGUGUAAAAGUGGACUGUGCAGAUGCUGAUAGCCGAACAGCUUUGAGAGCAGCAGCCUGGGGCGGCCAUGAGGAUAUUGUACUGAAUUUGCUACAACAUGGUGCUGAAGUCAACAAAGCUGAUAAUGAGGGUAGAACUGCUUUGAUAGCAGCAGCCUACAUGGGACACAGAGAGAUUGUGGAACACCUGCUGGACCAUGGCGCAGAAGUGAAUCACGAGGAUGUUGAUGGCAGGACUGCACUCUCUGUAGCUGCGCUUUGUGUUCCUGCGAGUAAAGGACAUGCCUCAGUCGUUAGCCUUUUAAUUGAUCGAGGUGCAGAAGUAGAUCAUUGUGACAAAGAUGGCAUGACUCCACUGCUGGUCGCUGCCUACGAAGGACAUGUCGAUGUGGUUGACUUGCUUCUAGAGGGGGGAGCAGAUGUCGACCACACAGAUAACAACGGCCGUACACCCCUCUUAGCAGCAGCUUCUAUGGGUCACGCUUCAGUUGUAAACACACUUUUGUUUUGGGGUGCAGCUGUGGACAGCAUUGACAGUGAAGGGAGGACAGUCCUUAGCAUAGCCUCAGCCCAGGGAAAUGUUGAAGUAGUACGUACUCUUCUGGACAGGGGGUUAGAUGAAAAUCACAGAGAUGAUGCUGGAUGGACACCUUUGCACAUGGCAGCUUUUGAAGGUCACAGAUUAAUAUGUGAAGCACUAAUCGAACAAGGUGCUAGGACAAAUGAGAUUGAUAAUGAUGGGCGGAUACCUUUCAUAUUAGCCUCACAAGAGGGUCAUUAUGAUUGUGUUCAAAUAUUAUUGGAAAAUAAAUCCAACAUUGAUCAAAGAGGUUAUGAUGGAAGAAAUGCACUGCGGGUUGCUGCAUUAGAAGGACACAGGGACAUUGUUGAACUGCUUUUUAGCCAUGGAGCUGAUGUUAACUACAAAGAUGCUGAUGGUAGGCCUACUCUUUAUAUUUUGGCCUUAGAAAAUCAACUUACAAUGGCUGAGUAUUUCUUAGAAAAUGGUGCAAAUGUAGAAGCAAGUGAUGCUGAAGGAAGGACAGCACUUCAUGUUUCCUGCUGGCAAGGCCAUUUGGAGAUGGUGCAGGUUCUCAUCACCUACCAUGCUGACGUCAAUGCUGCAGACAAUGAAAAGCGCUCUGCUUUGCAGUCUGCAGCCUGGCAGGGCCAUGUGAAAGUAGUGCAGCUUCUGAUUGAGCACGGAGCCCUGGUUGACCAUACGUGUAAUCAGGGUGCAACUGCACUCUGCAUUGCGGCCCAGGAAGGGCACAUUGACGUCGUGCAGGUUUUAUUAGAGCACGGUGCCGACCCAAACCAUGCUGAUCAAUUUGGACGCACUGCUAUGCGUGUCGCAGCCAAAAAUGGACAUUCUCAGAUAAUUAAAUUAUUAGAAAAAUAUGGUGCAUCCAGUUUGAAUGGCUGUUCUCCAUCUCCUGUUCACACAAUGGAGCAAAAACCUCUACAGUCAGUGUCUUCAAAAAUGCAAUCACUAACAAUUAAAUCAAAUAGCUCUAGCAGUACUGGCGGAGGGGAUGUGCAGCCUUCAUUACGUGGUUUACCCAAUGGGCCAGCUCAUGCAUUCAGUUCUCCUUCAGAAUCACCAGACUCUACCGUUGAUCGCCAGAAGUCGUCCUUGUCAAAUAAUUCCCUGAAAAGCUCCAAAAAUUCAUCUUUGAGAACUACUUCAUCUACUGCAACAGCGCAAACAGUGCCAAUUGACAGCUUUCACAACUUGUCAUUUACAGAACAAAUUCAGCAACAUUCACUGCCACGCAGUAGAAGUCGACAGUCCAUCGUUUCCCCGUCUUCUACCACACAGUCAUUGGGACAGAGCCAUAACUCACCAAGUAGUGAGUUUGAGUGGAGUCAAGUAAAGCCCAGUUUGAAGUCAACCAAAACAAAUAAAGGGGGGAAAUCAGAAAAUUCCAACAAAUCUGGGUCAGCUGGGAAAAAAGCUAAACAAAAUAAUUCUUCACAGCCAAAGGUUUUAGAGUAUGAAAUGACUCAGUUUGAUAAAAGAGGACCUACAGCCAAAUCUGGGACUAGUGUACCAUCUAAACAAAUACCAGCAGAAUCGCAGUGCAAAAUUAUGAUACCUUCAGCUCAACAAGAGAUUGGUCGAUCACAACAGCAGUUUCUUAUUCAACAAAGUGGGGAACAGAAGAAGAGAAACGGAAUAAUGACAAAUCCAAAUUAUCAUCUUCAGAGCAACCAGGUUUUUCUUGGUAGAGUUUCUGUCCCACGAACAAUGCAAGAUAGAGGGCAUCAGGAAGUGUUAGAAGGUUAUCCUUCCUCGGAGACGGAAUUAAGCCUUAAACAAGCCCUGAAGCUUCAGAUUGAGGGUUCUGACCCUAGCUUCAACUAUAAAAAGGAAACACCGUUAUAAAAGUUUGCUAUUCUGUGAAACAGAAGACGUUGUGAUUGGAGUGAUUCUUCAGCUACUGGAUGAAAACAUAAAAUGCCUGUUGAUUUGCUGGAAAAAAAAAAAGAAGAAUGUGAUAUCUGCAGUACGUUACCUUAAUUACUGUAAUGUGCCUAAGUAGUAAGGCUGCCUUCUCACUGUAACUUCUGUGCUUAAAAAAUUUCAUUUUGUGUGCUUUGUAUUCACUACCCAAGAAUAAGCACUUUUAAAAAAAAAAUGCAGAUACAUACUGCAGUUCCCUGAUGAAAACUGAAAACAUUUUUUUGAGUAAAGUAUUUUAAGUUAAGGUUUGAUAAAUGUGCAUGUGCCAUGAUCAAAUAUAUAUGAAGAGGCAGUGUUCGUUGUAUUUAUUUUUUUCUUUCUGUGGCAAACAAAACUUAAGCAUUACUGUUUCAGUCACAUUUGCCUUGUUGUAGUGUAUGGCUCGUUUCCUGUAUCCUUAAAAAUGUCACUCAGCAAAAUAAAUCAUGCAACUAUUUUAUGUUCACUACACCUUAAGCAUUGGUUAAAAAUGUGUUUCUAUUGAAUGCCACACUGAGGUGAAAACAUGGUUUCAUCAAAGAUUUUUUUUUAAAGUCUAGUAUUUUAGGGAGCUGCUCUAAGUAGUUUAAAUUUGGAUUUCCCAGUAGAAUCCUCCUAAUCUUCAGCUAAAGGUGUCAAAAAAAUAUAGGAAAAAAAAAAAAGAGGGAAACACACACACACACACACACACUAUAGGCAGAACAAAGUUCUGUUUCAUUCACUGGGAUGCAGUGUCAUUUUCACUCACUUGUCCUUCCACCUCCAAGAAGACAGAUGAUCAUUCCUGAGGCAUGAAAAUUCUCAGGGACAAAGCCAGGCCUCAGUGGCAUGUGUGUAAAGAGAGGUGCACCUGUCUAUCUGAGGGUAGAUUUUUGAUCCCUGAACAAUUCAUUGACUACUCUUAUCUCUCCCAUCUGGUUAAAUAAAAUAUGACUGUAAAUUUUGAUGCUGGUUUCUAAUUUGUUUCUAUUUUGAGGAUCACUUCAUGACUAAAACAGCCCAUGCAAAGUCAAUUGAAUCGAUCUCAGUGGAUUAAAAUUCAAUUAGAUUAAUAUUCUUGUUAAACAUAGUAUGUGUUUUCCUUCACAGAUGACACCACUAACCUAUCUGCCAUAGCACAGGUGUAUAUUUUUAUUCCUAUUGGAUAAACAGUAGUGAUGGAUUUGCACUUUUCUGUCCACAUACUCCUUCCUGUUUUCCUCUGUGGACAAUCACUUCCAGAAUGAUGGAUACCAGGGUUAAGGGUGAAGUCUGUAACUAAGGAAAACAAAGUCAACUGCUCAUAUGAGCAUGUGACCCCACAGUUUUGGCCUCCUGGAUGGACUCUGAACCAGUUGAGCUAGCUUAGGUGGGUUGUAUGCAUGUCUGGACAGGUUAGAAUUUACUGUUUAGAAACAAGUUUGUUGGUUUGAUCUUUGAAAAAGCCCCAGGAUCUUACAAAACCCAGAAAUUCUGUCCUUUCCAUGUGGUGUUGAUAAGGAGGAAUAAGGGAAGAGAAUCUGGAGAUUCAGCACAAAAGCAUUGCCACUACUGGAAAAAAAAAAACCUUUAGAAAAUGUCUUUGUAACAGAGGUCAGUAAUGUCAUCUUCUUAUAUGAAGGACACAUAACAUGAUGUAUUGUCCGCAGAAACAGACAUGUGUAAUAGGUUUUGAUAAUUGUUUCACUUGAUCUUCCUUACGUAAGGCCUUUAUUUUAAAGUCAGCAACACUCCUUUAUGUCAUCAAUAAAUCAUAAUAAGGAAUAGGAGAUAAGUUCAGUCAACAUUAAGGUGACUUGGCAAUAUUGAUAACACGAAUGUGAAUGUUUCAAGUAUUGAACUUUUGUCCCUAUGGGACAUUUAUUAAAUACACUUAAUAGGACUCUUGCAAAGUAGCCUUAAAAGUGUUGUUGAUUCUGUUAAUAAAUUUGAACACAUCCUAUUAUUAGAACCAAUUUUACUCAUAGCUCAAAUACAGUACACUUACAUAAUUUUAGAAGAUGAAGCUCUAAUUUCUUAUUAGGUGUAUUUUCUUUAAAAAGAGAACCCUGAAAGCUGCCAGUUUUUCUAUUAAACCUUGAAUUAUUGAAUUUGUAUUUAUUUAAUUUUAUUGUUUUUACAAAAAAUGCACCUUGUGGCCAAAGGGCAAGGCUAUGACUCAUUACAGAAGGGAUUUAUGUUUUUUGAAGAGCUAAGUGUUUUCAUAUCCAUACUACAUACACUUGAAACAGUUGGUAGGAAGAGAAUCUGUUGGAAAAAAAUAUGGUUUUCAAACGUAAGUAUUCAUUCCUCUGGAUUUUUUUUUUUUUUUUAACUAAAGUUUUGGCAUUGAACAGCAAUGGCUUUCAGUUAGGAUAAAGAUAAGGGCCCUGAAGAUGCCCUGCUUUGCUCUUUGGUUUUUGUGGGGAUUUAUCUAAUACCAUGACUGAAAAUAGGUUCUGCUCCAUUAAGAGAGUAAAACUAGUCCCUCAAAUAUAAAACUCCUAAAUAGCUAUUUUUAAAAUAAUAUUUAAAUUUUGUAAAGCACCUAAUGCCACACCACAACUGUGAUGCCAUGUGCUUACAGCAUUUUUAUACCAUUCCAUCUGUGCUCAUUCCCUAAAAGUCAUGAGUUGAAAUAAAGUGAUCAAAAAACAAUGAAAAAUAGAAAUCUCAGUGUUUGUAGGAAAAAGUUUAGAAGGGAAGUUGGCCAAAAGAGUGUGUAUUGCAGAGCACAGCCAGUACGUUGUGCCCUUCACCCUCACCCCCAUGCCUCCAGAACCCUCACCUCAAAUAGGUCACUGCUUAAAAAACAGGAGUAAAUAGUUUUUUCAAUAUUGUUUGGCUAUGCAAAUAUUUGUUUUACUUAAUGUCCUCCAUUUACACUUCUUAGCGAAUGUAGUUGCAGACAAGCGCUUUUUCCUUUUUAAUUUGUCCCUUGGUUUGGGGUAUGUAAAUAGCCUAAAAUGUACAUUGAAUUUCACAUUGUAAAAGUUUAUUUUAUUCCUUGUAUGAUAUUAAGCAAAAAUCCCUAUGUAUAUGAAAGUGCAUAAUAAAUAUAUUUGCUUUACA